AUGACCCGCGAGCACAUGCGGGGCCCGUUAGGGCGAGCCGUGGGCAUGUCAGAGUGGUCGCCGCUGCUCAACGGUCCCCCGGGGACCACGUCCUUCUGCGUCACUUUGGAGGACGCGUCGGGUCGCGAGGUCUCGCCAUGGCACGACGUGCCGUUGCAUUCCACGUCGGGCGGCUUCCACCUCGUUUGCACCACGCCCAAGGGGACUCAAGUAGACUGCCACGUCGCUGUUCAGGAGAGACUCGCGCCGCUGCGCCAUCGCGUGCGAGCAGCCACUGCAGCGGCGGGCGGCGGGUGGCAGCUGGUGCAAUUCAACGAGCCAGUCCCCUGGAAUUGCGGCGUGCUGCCGCAGACGUGGUCGGACGGCGCGCAGCGGUGCGCGGAGUUUGGAAACCUGCCGUUCGACGACAGCCCCAUAGAAAUGGUGGAGAUCGGGCGGCGCGUGCGCUCGGUGGGCGAGGUGUACUCGGUGGGGGCGCUUGCGGUGUUCGCGCUGGUGGACCCGCGCGGGCUGCGGCUGUCGUGGAAGGUGGUGGGCAUAGCGCUGGACGACGAUAGCGGCGUGGUGGACUCGCAGAACGGCUCCGUGCACAUCCUGCUCGACUCCAUCCAGGAGUGGCUGCACUCCUGCCGCGCCAUCCGAGGUACGCCUCUGCCACUCGCGCCACCCGCGCUACGCCCUCCCAGUGAGCAACCAGGGCGCAUCGCGCGUUGCCACCUGCCCCUUGUGUUGUUCGUCUCUUUUGGUCUCUUGUAUCAUUCUCCCCUCCCCGCCCCCCUUUUUUACCCCCAAUCCGCCCUCUCCCUCACGUCUCCUUUCCGUCCCCUCCGCCGCCUUCGCUCGCCUUCUCACAUCCCUAUCGCAACCGUCACAACGGCUGCCGCUCCUCCGCGCCACCGCCGUCGUGUGUGGGCAGGCGAGCGCGGGCGCGUGUUGCGGCUGAAGGAGGGCGUGGCGGACAAGGACAAGGUGCUCGAGAUCGUCGCGCACGCGCACGCCGCGUGGCAGCUGCUGCGCGCGGAGCGGCAGGCGGCGCUGAACCCGCGCAUGUCGAUGCUGGGGCUGGACGACGGCGACCUCAGCGAGGAGGAGGAGCUUGCGCGCGCCACCACGGGCGGGGGCAUGCUGGCGGGCAAGGUGGGGCUGGGGCCCCCCGUGCGCAUCUUCGGCGAGUCGUACGCGUCCGACAUCGGCGGCCGGCGCACGAGCCGCUCGUCCGAGCGCGGUGGUGUGCGCACGCUGGGCGCGCCGGUGUUUGGCAGCAGCUUGCUGACGGAGUCGUGGGACAGCGAGGAGGAGAAGAGCCACUCGCGCCAGCAGUCGCUCGAGGACGACUGGGACGCGCCCGCCAAUUCCACGAAACCCGCCGCGGACGGCAACUUCGGUGGGGGUGGAGGGGGGAUUUGGGGCGGGGGUGGUGGCGCCCGGGGCGGCGGCGGGAUUUGGGGUGGUGCGGCGUCGACGGGGGGUCGAGGAGCUGGGGGGAUGUGGGGAGGGGGGUCGUGGCAGGAGCGGGAGAAGGUAAGUGCGCCGGGGUUCAGCGAGGGCGCGGAUCGCGCGCUUGUGCGCGCCAGCUCGUCGGCGGAAACGUCGCGCAGCCCGUGGAGGGUGGACGAAGGGGGCGGGGGCUACCUGGACGACGACGACGGCGGGCCGGGCGGAGGGAGAGUCGGCGGAGGAGCGGCCGUGGCUGCGGCCGGGGCAGGGGGAGUGAGCUCCCCGUCGGGCCCGCGGAGUGGGGAGGAUUGGGGCGAGGAAGAUAGGAUGGGGGACGGCGGGAAGAAGGGGUUGCGGCAGAAGAUCAUGGGGAAGCUGAAGCGCACGGCGCACAGCUGGAAGGAGGGCCUCACCAGCGGCGCCGACGAGCGCGACGGCCUGCGGGGGCGCGCGGGGUCGGGCGAGCUGAGCAUGUCGCCGCGGGCGCAGGCUGCGCACGACGCGUACGUGCAGCAGCACGCGGAGGGCGACGACGAGCAGCCGCCCCUGCAGCAGGCGCAGGGCGGCGCGUACGGCCAUGGGCAGCAGCAGCAGGGGGGCGGCAGAGCCAAGGGCGGAUGGCGUCCCUUCGCCGGGGGAGGGCCGCAGGCGGAUGAUCUCUCCGCCUCGCAGCGCCAUGGGCGGUCCAAGUCGUUCAUUACAGGGGUGCCUGGGGGGGGGCAGGGGGGACCUCGCGGAAGCGGAGUCGACAGCGCAGGGGCAGGGGCAGGGGCGGGGGCGGGGAGUGGGGCUGGCAGUGCGCAAGGGUCGUUAGAAGCGGGGUCAGGGGGGCGCGGGACUGGCGAGGGUAACGCGGGCACGCCUGGUGCGGGGCAGAGUGGCCCCCGUAACCGACCCAUGUGGUUGCCAGGCGGCUCCAAGCUGCCUCUAUUGAAUCGCCCAGUGUCGUCGUCGGGUCGCCUGGGUCGCAGCCCGUCCGUGGGCUUCCCUUCCUCGGGCACCCCCAAGGCAGGCGACACAGCGGGCGCGGGCGCGGAGCUGGAUGCCUUUGACGCGCACUGCCGCGCCAAGCCCGCGCCCUUCUCCCCCCUCACCCCCUCCGCUUCCCUUUCGCCCCUCGCCAAUGGCAUUUCCGCGUCCAGCCUUCCGCCCCUGAGCCCCGCCCUUGGCUCCUCUCCCUCCACGUCCCUGGGUGCGCGGGAGCUCUCCCGCACGCCCUCCGCGGACAGCCGCCACCUGCACACCACCGCGCUCAGCCCGCUCGGCAGCCCCACCGCCAUGGGCGCAGGCCUGGGCUCCCGCGGGCGGGGCGCGCUGGCCGGCGCUGGGCGGGGCUCCGCGUUUCCGUCGCUCGUCGACAGCCCCUCCGCCAUCAACGGUAGUCCCCUCGGGUCCCCGCGCGCGCCCACGCUCUCGGGCCCUCCCCCCCUCCACCGCGAUCUCUCCGCCCCAUCCGACCUGCUCUCCAGCCCCAGUGGCGCGCAGGGCGGCAGCUGGCCGCCCCCUGUUCCGCGCGCAGAUAAGAGCGGCGGCUCAGCGCAGCCUGAGCGGGAUGUCUCCGCGGGGAACAAAGCAUCUCCCCAGGUGCGCGCGCUCUCCCCGCUGAAGGACCACGGGGCCCUGGCUCCGGGGGUUGCAGCUGUCAGUGGCGGCGGCGGAGCGGGGCCAACACCUCCGCGAACAGGCGGAACAAUGCGCGGAAAGAGCUCCCUGCGCUGGCGGCGGCCGGGCACUGCGCCCUCUGGGGCCGAGAAGGAGGCGCAGCUGCAAGCAGAGGGGGGGAGGGCAGGGGGAGCACGGCUGCGAAGCGGGGAGAUGGAGGGCAGCGGGGAAAGGGGGGGGCGUGGCAGCAAUGACGAGGAUGGGGCGCGGGCAGGCGCGGAGGAGUGGGAGGGUGACGAAGGUGAGGGCGGGGGGAGAAGGGCGGGCAAUGGUGGCAGGAUGAGUGGAGAGGGAGUGGGGUCGGGCUGGGCAGGGGCAGCAGGGGGGGAAGCGGGCGUAGGAACGGGGGAAGGGAGGGAGGGCGCGUUGGUCGAGCAGGAGAGGGUGGAUCGGCUGCUGAUCCCGCAGAAUGGCGCGGGGCCCGCGUCGGAGCCGCCCUCGCCCUCCGCUGCCUCGCCCACACCUACCGCCGCGCAUGCCGCUGCCGCCUCUCCUGCUGCCGUGGCCGACGCUGCUGACGGCGCAGCAGCAGGGGGGGGAUGGGGUGGGGAGGGCAAUGACGAUGCAGGGGGGAGCGCAGCAGGUGGCGCGGGAGGUGGCGGUGCAAGGCGCACCAGAUGGCGCAAGAUCGAAGUGGCGCGCCGACCGCCCAUCCCUAUGCGGGGUGGUCCAGAGCAGGGGCAGGGGCAAGGACAGGGGCAGUCAGCAACGCAAGCAGCACAGACGGUAGAGCUCGGCCAGGGAGAGGGGCAAGGGCAGGAGCACGGGCCACCGCAAGAGCACGCGCCGUGGCAGGGGCAGGAGCAGGAGCAGGGGCAGGGGCAGGAGCAGGGGCAGGGGCAGGGGCAGGGGCAGGGGCAGGGGCAGGGGCAGAGGCAGGGGCAGGGCCAGGGCCAGGGCCAGGGCCAGGGGCAGGGGCAGGGGCAGGGGCAGGGGCAGGGGCAGGGGCAGGGGCAGGGGCAGGGGCAGGGGCAGGGGCAGGGGCAGGGGCAGGGGCAGGGGCAGGGGCAGGGGCAGGGGCAGGGGCAGGGGCAGGGGCAGGGGCAGGGGCAGGGGCAAACGAGGGCUUUGUCACCUUUGCGUAUUGCGGAGUGUGUGGGGCGGGAGGAGAGCGAGCGGAGGGUGAGGGAUGCGGAGAGCCUUGUUGCGCGGGUGAGUGAGAGGCGGCGCGGGGAAGACGGCGCUGCGAUUCCGCGCACUGUGUCCUCGAGCCCGCGAGGCGUGCACGCCAGUGCAGGGGGGAGGCACGGGGGGAAAUGGAAGGAUGGGGGAGCAGAUGGGAGAGGAGACGUGGGGGCGCGGGCGGAAGCAGGGGGCGGGCGCGCAGUGUACACGGGCAGUCUGCGCACGCGGUCGGACAUGACGGGCGUGAUGGCGUCGUUCGACCCGGUGGACGCGGAGCACAGCCGCGCAGGCAAGCAGCAGCCCGCACAGCAGGGGGGCGCGCAUGGCGGGGGCAGGGCGCAGGUGGCAGGGGAGCGAGGGAGGGGGGAGACGACGGGGUGGGAGGGAGGGGCGCAGAGAAGCAGUGAGGCGGAGAGGGGAAGGGCGGAGAGGAGCAGGGCGGAGGGGCGAUGGCGGCACAUGUCAUGGCAGGCCGAACCUGGUGGAAGAGACGAGUGGAGUGGCGAGGGCGGUGAGCGGGGCAGGGGGGAGGAGAAGGUCGCACGGAGGGAGUGGGAAGAGGAUGACGAGGAGGCAGGGCACGAGGAGGUGGAGCAGGUAGACGAAGUGGGGGAGGAGGAAGAGGAGGAGGAGGAUGAUGAGGAGUACUUGGCAAGUCGAGCUCAAUAUCUGUACCGCUUGCAGCCACAGAAGCAGCAACAGCUGCCGUUGCCGCAGCCGCAACAGCCACGGCAACAGCAGCAGCAGCGUGAAGAGAUGAGCGGCAAGGGCAUGUGGGAUGGCAGGCUUGAGGGUCAAUUGCGACAAGGGGCGGAGAGGAGGGCGGGGCAGCAGGGGCUGGGUGUGAGGGGGCCUGGCAUAGGCGGUGCGGAGCGGCGAGAGGCGCCGUGGGAUGCACGCGGGCAGCAGACGUAUGAUGGCUGGCGCGCACGACAGGAGGAGCAAUACGCGGAGGACGACGAGGAUGAUGAGGAGGAGCAAGCGGAGGAAGGGGAAGAGGUGGAGGACGAGGAGGGGGAGGAGGAAGAUGAGGAGGAGGAAGAAGAUGAUGAGGAGGAGAAGGGAUAUGAGGAGAAAGGGCGGGCGGGAGCCGUUGAAGAGGAGCAGGGCGGGCGACCUGGGUGGACGCAUGGGGGUGGCGGAGGUGGUGGGCGGGAGCGGCGCGGCAGCACACAGGGGUCAAGGGGGGAGGGCGAGUGGUGCGACGGGAGAGAAAGGCAGAGGGAGGAGGGCGGGUAUGGCAGGGGGGCGAGUAGCUCAGGGCGUGUGGGGAACAGCGUUGGGGGAGCGGCGUGGGGGGGACACAGUGUGCCGGAUACCCGGGGAGGGCGCAGCAGCAGCAGCAGCGACGGGCACAGGAGGGGUGGGAGGCGAGAAGGGGUGGUUUCAAGCGAGGAGGAGUAUAGCAGUGGGGAAGGGGGGGCGGGUGCGAGGGUGUGGCAGCAGCAGCAGCAGUGGCAAGUGCGUGAGGAUGUGAGAGGGGGGGUGGAGGGGCGAGCAGGGGUGAGCCCUGCAAGGCCGCCGCGCAGUGGCACGUGGGACGAUGGCGACUUUGAGCGCGCAGGGCGCUUCCCCAAGGCCUUGUCGUACGACUCCCCGGGGAGAGGCACGCCGGGCGACGUGCACGCGGGGCGCGGUGGCAAGGGAGGCCAGGAGCAGAGGGAUGUGCGCAGGGAGGCGGUUGACAGGAGGGGCGGCAGUGGCGGCAGUGGCAAUGGCAGGGCGGAUGUGAGUCGCGGGGACAGCAGCGGGCGAGGGGACGGGCGGGCGAGGCGGGGCGAUGGGCGUGGGGGUGGCAGUGGUGGUGAUGGGCGGGGCAGUGGUGGGGAGAGUAAGGGCGCACUUGUAGACGGCAGGGGGGGAGUGAGGGCUGGGGGGAGUGCGGGGCAGAGGGGGCAUGCGGGGAGUGGGGGUGGGGCAAGGCACAGCGAGGAUGGGCGAGCAGCGGCGCGUAUGGUGAUGCCUCGCAGCGCCACUGUGGCUGCCGUGGUCUCCACUGCCGCCACUGCCGGGGGGGGCGGGGGAGCAGCAGCGCGUGCCAGUGCGGGCGGGGGUGGCAGGGGGUACGGCGGGUCAAGUGGUGGCAGGGCGGCAGUAGGGCAGGUGGAGCGCAGCAGCAGGCAGGGCGAGGAGAGGGCGCAGGGGUAUGCAGGGGUGCAGGCGCGGGGAGGGACGCAGGUGAAAGGGGGGGGAAGAGGGGCUGGGGCAGCGGAGGGUGUGAGGCAUGGGAGCUACGGGCCCAGGCAGAGGCCCGCACCGACCAGGGAGGGCGCUGCUGCUGGCCGCGUGUGA